AUGUUCUCCCUCACCAACCGCGCGACACUGGAGCACCGCUCAUUAUCAGGAGGGGGAAUUGCUGGCGUCGUUAUCGGUGUCAUUGUCGCCGUCUUUCUUGUUGGUGUUUGCGCCUACCCAUUCAUCGUGCGAAAGAGGAGAGCUAGGAAACAUGGAUUACCCGAACGUCUCGACACGGAAACGGCCUUCGUACCCGGACCUAUGGGUCCUUCAGGACAGGUCCCGGCGCCGGGACCCGGGCCCGGACUCAACAGCCGUCUUUCUUCCAAAGAUUCAUUUGGACACAAGGACGACACGUUACGGGGCACAGAGAGACAGUCUACCAAGGACACGACCUCGUCAUCUCACAAUGGCAUCUAUCGCCCUCCCAGCGAUGAGCUGAGCAGCCAGCACCAGCGUGGCUUCACCGGCGACAGUACUCAUCCAUCGAGUGUUACGACGAGGCGUGGCACGACGGAAUACUCUUUCGGACAUGCGCCUACAUGGAAUAGCGAGUCGUCCUAUCCAUGGACCCCCGUGGGUGUUGAGCUGGUUGCUACUCGAGCCGAUGGCAUGGACUAUACCCAAGCCAAUCAUGGACACAGCGCGACCUACUACAGUCCAACUAUUCCUUCCGAGGCCUUUGGUAUGGUCACGCCGCCACCAACCGAUGAACCCCAGACUCGCGCGGCACUCCCUGGGCGCUCAAGCUCUCGAAGUUCGUUCAAGCUCAACCUGGCGAGUAUGAUGCGCCGCAUGAGCACCAAGGACUCCGCAAAUGUCCGCUCAAAGGGUCAACUAUCACAACCGUCACAGCCUGUUCUUAGCGAAACCCUUUCGGACUCUCCCACCGAAUUUACCGGUCCAUCGUUCGGAGCCGCUCAGCUGGACUCGCCUAUUCACCUCCCUGUCAGCCCCAUGUCAGAGGCAGAAGAUCCUGGGCACGCUUCGGAGCUGGAAAAGAAAGGAGCAGCCAAAACGACUGAAUCCCCGCCAAUUUUGCCUCCUGUUGUACCCGCUCCUGGAACUGUGAACCCAAUGGACAUCAUGGCACCAUCCAAUCCGACAGAACACAAUUGGAAUACGAACCAACAGCUGUUCAAUAUCGCGCACCCGCCCCCUAAACCACCUUUCGACACUCCGAAGCCAACAUCAGAACCGCCGCAAGCACCGCAAGCUCUUACACCACAAACUCCGGAACGACCAUUCGAGGAACAGGAACAGUAUCUCCUUCAGCAGCAGCAGCAACAAGAACUCCUACGCCAGCAGCAAGAAGCAAAUCGACCACCAAAGUUAUACACGAACGGACAAUCCCAGGCGACCAACUGGAACCUGGUAAAUGGCAGCCAGGCAAACGGCGCUAUCCAAGAAGUGCAUAUGAACGAUGCCGCGCAACCAGCUGACCCCACCCAUCUCAUGCCUGAUCAACACAAUCAACAUAACCAGCACUUCCUCGAUGGGGAAAUGACCGACCCAUCUGACCACUCCCCGCCGGUAGUUGGGCAAGCCAGCUCCGGACCGUCUUAUCAAAGCACGCCGAACACCCAAAUCGAUAGCAGCCCGUCCCCUCGAUCAGAAGGCAGCUCGGAUAUCCGUAAUAGCACAUCACCGUAUCCAGGGAUGCAGCCGUCCCCUAGGACUUUUAUUUGUGACGAAUGUGGCAGAUUUUUCGACCAAGUUCACAAGCUAAAUCACCACAAACGAUAUCACGAGAGACCUCAUGAAUGCGCACAUCCAAAUUGCGGCAAGAGGUUUGGCACAAAAACGCAUUUGGAUCGUCACAUUAACGAUAAACAUAAGAAGACGAAGAAGUUCCACUGCACUGUCAGUACCUGCCCCUAUUCGAAGGCGGGAGGCAAGUCAUUUCCAAGAAAAGACAACUGGAGACGGCACAUGAUGAAUAUCCAUCAAGUCACACCAAUGGGCGACCCAGAACCCGACAUUGUCGACGAGAAUAUGGGAGGAACCUAG